GUGGCGGGUCUCCAGAUUCUAGGACAGGGCGGCGCUUCUCGGAAAGUGAAAGAAGGCGGGGCGGCAGAAGCCCAAGGGGAAGUAGGAAGCUCGGCAGGCGACCCGGCCGCACCGAGGUUCUCCCGUGGCUCGCCAUGUCUGCAGAAGACCCGCGCGCGGGGUCUGUGUCCUUGGACUCCUCCAUGUUCUCGCUACCCUUGGCUGCGCUCAACGUGCGAGUGCGGUGCCGCCUAUCGCUGUUCUUGAACGUGCGGUCCUUGAUGGCCGCCGACUGGACGUCGCUGGCAGAGGAGAUGGGCUUCGAGUACCUGGAGAUCCGACAGUUGGAGACGCGCCCGGACCCCACCGGCAGUUUGCUGGACGCCUGGCAGGGGCGUCCCGGAGCGUCGGUGGGCCGGCUGCUGGAGCUGUUUGCCACGCUGGAUCGACAGGACAUACUACAGGAGCUGGGGCCCAGCAUAAAGGAGGACUGUCAGAAGUACAUUGUGAAGCAGCAGCAGCAGGAGUCUGAGAAGCCCUUACAGGUGGCCAGAGUGGAAAGCAGUGUCCCUCAAACAAAGGAGCUGGAAGGCAUCACGACACUGGAUGACCCCCUGGGACAUGCUCCAGAGCUGUUUGAUGCCUUCAUCUGCUACUGCCCCAAUGACAUCGAGUUUGUACAAGAGAUGAUCCGGCAACUGGAGCAGACAGACUAUCGGCUGAAGUUGUGUGUGUCUGACCGUGAUGUCUUGCCAGGCACCUGUGUUUGGUCUAUUGCCAGUGAGCUCAUUGAGAAGAGGUGUCGCCGCAUGGUGGUGGUUGUCUCUGAUGAUUACCUGCAGAGCAAAGAGUGUGACUUCCAGACCAAGUUUGCACUCAGCCUCUCUCCAGGUGUCCAACAGAAGCGACUGAUUCCCAUCAAGUACAAGGCAAUGAAGAAGGAGUUUCCCAGCAUCCUGAGGUUCAUCACUAUCUGUGACUACACCAACCCCUGCACCAAGUCAUGGUUCUGGACCCGCCUCGCCAAGGCCUUGUCCCUGCCUUGAAGAUGGCUCUAGGAACCCUGGGUCUGUCAGUCUGUCCAUGCUCUUCUGCCCUGCCUACUCCUGCAUUGUAGGAGGGAUCUGUGGUCCACUCAUCUCUCCACUCCUACAAGUGCUAGCUCUACAAUAGUGUCUGUGGUAGCCAGACAUCAUUUGGACACCAUGCUUUGUGUCUUGCAUGGAAUCAGUGACUGAAGUGACAUUAUUAUUUGCUGGGUUACCAGCCAGGACAGUGGUGAGGGUUGGCUGAGUCUAAGUAGAGGACAAGCUGAGCCAGAGUCAGGAUCUGGAGAUCAGGCAAUAACUGUAUUCAGAUCUCUACAGGACAUGGUAAGGCAUUGCUCUGGCUCUCCUAGGAAAGAUAGUCUUGGCUGAAGGAGAGCUGGUUACAGGACCACAUACUGGCUGCUAAAGGGACCACAGGCUUGUUGGGACAGCUGCUUGCACAGUAGUGGAAGACAAUGCCACCUUACAUCCUUUUUCUUCCUUCCACAGGCAGAUGGAGAAGCAGGCUGAUGUGGAGCCUGAUUCUCUAAUGCCUCCCCAUCUGCAUCCCCUGCUCCGCUCAGCCUCAGCCCCAUGUUCAGUAGCGACUGGCUUGAACAGCUGGGAUGAUUUUUCACUUCCUGUAUAUCCAUGCCUAUGGGCACAUCUUAGUUCUGCCUUACCUGGGGUGGGAUCUUGGCCUCUGCCAUUUCCAAUACCUGUGAGCUCUGGGGCUGAGCUGAUCAGACAACUUUCCUCCCUGCCCCACCCACACAGAUUUUUAUUUUUAACCAACUUUCUGUACUUGAUUAUCUAUUUUGUUGACAAGCAGCAUCCUGCCCUUAGUGCUUGGAGGCAUGUGGCUACAUAAAGUCUUGCUCACAUGGACACAUGUAAGUGUCCACAUGCUCCCUCAUACACACAGGCAUCUCCGUACAUGUUUUCCUUGGAACAGUUUCUAAGGAUGACUGGGUGGAAAAAUCAUUAAGGGGGUCUAGCCAUCUCCUUGGACAAAAGUAGGGUGCUCUUUAUCCAGAUGGUGGCACAAACCUAUAAUUCUAGCACUUGGGAGGUGGAGGCAGGAUGAUCAGUAGUUCAAGACCAUCCUUGACUAAACAAGUUCAUUUAAUCAUAGAAAGAAAAGCCCAGAAAGGCCCCAAUGUGACAGUAUAUAGGCUUUCAGUAAAGUGCAGAUGAAAGAGGAGAGGUGCUCGGCCUCACACCAGAAGCCAGCUGCAGGCUCAGCUGUUGUCACCAAGGCAGUUCACACUUCCCCUCACACUCUCUAUCAGAGAGAUAAUGUCAUUGCCCUGGAUCUUUGUGUCCAGGGCAGAUGCCAGGGCCCUGAAUCCAGUGGAAAAUGGGCCUCUUCUCUGCUGUCCUUUAGCCAGGAGGAGUCAGGUGCCUUCCCUUGGGGCCUGGGGCAGGAAUGGAGCCUACUCUGCAUGACCUCAAGAAGCACCUUGAUGCUUGAUAUUGGACAUUUAAAGCAAUUUGGAGAAAGUGUUGUUUAUAAUUGUUUUUUAUGUUUUAUGAGAACUUCAGUGAGGUAAAUGGGAGAAACACCCGUGUUUGUCAUUUAUACUUGUGUAUUCGAGGUUCAUAAUAAAGAGUAUUCUAUUUUGGGAAAGUA